CGGAAUCUAUAAAUAGGUUAUAAUCUAACAAUGAAUUUGUGUGUGGAUGAUUUUUACGUGUGCACGUGUAAACAGGAAUGUGGUAUGAAGUUCUAAAACUAUGUCGUACGUUUUUCAUCCAUACACACUUUUUGAAGUUCCUGAUGAUGGAUUCAUACGUGUUGAUAUUGAUGGUUGUUUCUCUUCUAUUCAGCCAGAAGGCAGAGAGCCAUAAUGGAAAUAUUAAGAACAUGCACUAUGAUUUCUUCGACUCGGGAUGUGGAAAAUUACGAUACGUGAACCUUGAUACAACUUACCAAGUAGAAUGUACAAAUAGAUAUUGCUUUGGAAAACAUGACAGUUGUCUUUUGCCAUUCACCGGCAGUAAUUCAAUCGACAUAGUUUGUGCACAGGUCAUUGAGCUACGAUGUAGAGGUCAAAUCAUAUUACGGAUAGAUUAUCGUGGUGGAUAUAACGGUACCGGUUUUAAGGAAUAUCACUGUUUAAGAGAAGUGGACGAGAAUGAAAAAUAUUGCGGAAAAUAUAUUCACAUUGUAUCAUUUCAAAAACCAAUUGCCAACAUGCAUGAAGCAGUUGACUCUUCGAUAAAAGUAUGGAUAACAGCUUAUCGAUCAGACGAGAUAAAGAUGUCAUCAAAAACUAAUCCAAAUGUAAAUUCAGUCAUUUUGUAUACUUUUGUAACACUGCUAUUGGUUAUCUUGGUUAUAGUCGGUGUGUUUUGGUGUCACAGAAGUCGACGCCAGCGAAGAAAUACAACAGAUCCAGUCAAUUUGUCGUACCAGAAUAAUUAUGUAGCGGCACAAAACCAUUUGAGAACACCAACUAAUGUGUCAGUUCGUUAUGGAGUUGUUCCAAAUGAAUACGUUGAUCUCGAAGGUGUAACUCAUCAGCAACAUAGGCCACACGAAUCCUCUAGUACCCCUUCGCCUGUACAAUCGGAGACUGAUCAACAAUCACCAGAUCAUGAUAUGUACGUGGAAUUAUCUGUAGAUCUAAAUAGUGACACUAGGCGUGGUGCAGCUGCUUACCAGACAAUAUGGGACUGACAGGAAAAUACGAUAUUGAUUCAAAUGACAAAGGAUCAAAAUAUUAGACAGACGUUACUGUUUGAAUGUAAAGAUGGGAUUCUAAAGAUACUAUAAAUAAUUAUUAUAUCUAGAUUGAUAUAAAAAGCAGAUGAAGGUAUCACUGAGUCGAGUACGAUGUUCACACUCGAAAACAAGACGAUUGAAUUCAGAUAUGUCUUACAAUCGAAAGAUCAGAAUUUGUCACUUAGUCUAGAUGAGUCUGGUAACACUGACAAACAAGAGUACAUUCGCCACUAAAAGCUGACAUACCGGUAGUAUGUAAUAUUGUGAAUAGUUUUAUACGCGAUGAAUGAUUGUAUAUAAAGACUAGUUCAGCUUGGAUCUCAGCAGAGGAAUUGCAAAUGUAUGUUUUCUAAAAGAUUCGUUUAUUUUGAAAUUAAAAUUGCAUGAAAGUGUUGUCAAUUAUUUCUCAGUUUCUAAAGCAUAUUAUCGACAACACAGUUUUUGUGUCAAUUGGAUUGAGACUUCAAAAAC